AUUUCUUUUUCUAGUUUCAAACCCAAACAUACAUACAAAAAGAAUAUCAUUUCAAUAACCGAAUAUGAAAAACGAAAUCCACGACGAUGAUGAGCCAAUUCUCAGAUUGAAUGCCGAUGGAGAAGAUGAGGAAGACGCGGACAUCGAACUUGAUGGUGGAAAAACGGAGGCCAAAAUUUUUAACAAGCAGGAGGCGCCAUUGGAACAAAGCCCAUUUAAGGUGCUGCUGGAGCUCGAGGGUGUAGGAGCAGAUGAGGGUAGAUUGGGUGUCGAUCUUGUCACCAUCUUAGAUAUCAGUGGUAGCAUGAAGGGACCCAGAUUACUAAAAAUGAAACUUGCAAUGCAAUUUUUGGUCCAGAAACUAAGCAGAACUGAUCGUUUAUCUGUUGUCACUUUCAAUAGAAAGGCCGAAAAGUUAUGCCCACUCCGCCAGGUAACUGAAAAAUCUCAAACGGAGAUUACAGAACAAGUCAAUGACUUGGUAGCUAAAUCCACCACAAACACAGAAGCUGGCCUUAAAUUGGCCAUAAGAAUACUGAACGACCGAACUCGCACCAAAAACCGAAGUGUGGCUGUCAUGCUUAUGUCUGAUGGGGAAGAAGAUGCAGAGAGUCGGGCUAUCUCUAUUCCGGUUAGCGAGGUGCCUGUUUACACGUUCGCUUUUGGUGAUGGAUGCGAUCAUCAUGAGGUGCUCAGAGAAAUUGCCAAGAACAGCAAAGGAGGAACGUUCUCACCUGUUCAAGACUCGGAUGAUUUGAGUGUUGCAUUCUCAACGGCUUUGGCUGGGCUUCUUAACGUGUCUAUUGAGGACCUUUCUCUAACCGUAUCACCACUGAACCGUUCAGAACUCAAUAAGGUGAAUGCCGGAAAUUACCCACAAAAGAAGGGCACGGUAAUGGAGCCUGUAACAGUUAUAUUCAGGUCAUUGUACGAUCGAGAGAAACGUAAGGUCCUUGCCUUACUAACUCUCCCAAAGGUUGAUAAAAGAUUUGGCGUGCAAAUUUUCAAAGUGGAAUUUAAGUACAGGGUUAAUGGGAAGGAUGCAUUUGAUUCUGAUGAGAGAACCAUAAACGUGACCCGCACACCUACACCAAAAGAGGGAGAGGUACCACAAGUGCUAGCUGAAGAAACACGUCUCGGAACUGCAAGUUCCAUAAAAGACGCUAGAAUAUUGGCUGACAAAAAAGAGCUGGCCGAAGCUAGGAAAAAGUUGGAAGAUGCGGGUAAAUCACUUACAGAGAUUGAUGCCGUACUUAAGGCUCAGGUGGAGCACCUCCAUCUACUCAUGGCAUCCCAAGAAACCUAUGACAACCAAGGGAAAGCUUUUGCACUUGCCCUUGAGGCUUCACAUGAAUCACAACGUUCCGUAGCUCUCCCUGCUGGUAUUCCUAGUGGGUAUGACACUCCCCUUAUGGCCGAAUACAAAGAGCAAGCUAAGAAGUAUACUGAGGAUCCCAAGGGUUAUAAAGUGCCCACAGCGGCGGAAGAUAAGAAAGCCACCGCUCCUGCACCUCCUCCAACUCUACAGGUGGAUCGUGCUAAGAUUCAGGCUAUCCUUGAUUUAGCCGACCAGCUUGCCAAACUACUAAAAGAUCUAGACUCAUAAGCUCCAGCAUCGUUCGACUGAAUUACACUGGGUCUUCUGCGUUGGACUUAAUUCUUACAGCUUUCUCUCAAUAAGACAUGUUUGUAUUUCAUGUUAUUUCUGUUGAAUUGCUUUUUAUGUUUCGUCUUUCAAAAACUUACUUUGAAAUAAAUGUGUGCACACGGCAUUUU